UGGACUUCUUUUAUUCCUUUUUUUUUGGUAAAUUAUCUAUUGGAGUUCAAUUCGUUCGUUCUUGGACCAUCAAUGGCUUCAGCGAAGGACGCCGAUCCAACCCUAGGGUACCUGACCCGAAAGGACACGGAGGUGAAGCUCCCGCGGCCGACUCGGGUUAAGAACAAAACCCCGGCGCCGAUUCAGAUCACCGCCGAGCAGAUCCUCCGCGAGGCCCGGGAGCGCCAGGAGGCGGAGAUCCGUCCGCCGAAGCAGAAGAUCACCGACGCCAACGAGCUCUCCGAGUAUCGCCUCCGCAAGCGUAAGGAGUUCGAGGACCUCAUCCGCCGGGUUCGAUGGAACAUCAGCGUCUGGAUAAAGUACGCGCAGUGGGAGGAGUCGCAAAAGGACUUCAAACGCGCGCGCUCCGUGUGGGAGCGAGCGCUCGAGGUCGACUACCGGAACCACACGCUGUGGCUCAAGUACGCCGAGGUGGAGAUGAAGAACAAGUUCAUCAACCACGCGCGCAAUGUCUGGGACCGUGCGGUGUCGCUCCUGCCGAGAGUGGACCAGCUCUGGUACAAGUACAUACACAUGGAGGAGAUGCUCGGCAACGUCGCCGGCGCCAGACAGGUGUUCGAGCGCUGGAUGAACUGGAUGCCGGACCAGCAGGGCUGGCUCUCGUACAUCAAGUUCGAGCUUCGCUACAACGAGGUCGAGCGUGCUAGACAGAUCUUCCAGCGGUUCGUGCAGUGCCACCCCAAAGUCAGUGCGUGGAUCCGUUACGCCAAGUUUGAGAUGAAGAACGGCGAGGUCGCUAGGGCAAGGAAUGUGUACGAGUGGGCGGUGGAGUUGCUCGCCGACGAUGAGGAGGCCGAGCAGUUAUUCGUCGCCUUUGCCGAGUUUGAGGAGCGGUGCAAAGAGGCCGAGCGCGCGAGGUGUAUCUACAAGUUCGCCCUUGAUCAUAUACCGAAAGGGAGGGCUGAGGACUUGUAUAAGAAGUUUGUGGCGUUUGAGAAGCAGUUUGGGGAUAGGGAGGGUAUUGAGGAUGCCAUUGUGGGGAAGAGGAGGUUUCAGUAUGAGGACGAGGUGAGGAAGAAUCCGCUGAAUUAUGAUUCCUGGUUUGAUUAUAUUCGGUUGGAAGAGAGUGUUGGGAAUAAGGAGAGGAUUAGGGAGGUUUAUGAGAGGGCCAUUGCUAAUGUUCCUCCAGCUGAGGAAAAGCGGUAUUGGCAGCGGUAUAUUUACUUGUGGAUUAAUUAUGCACUAUAUGAAGAGCUUGACGCCAGAGACGCGGAACGAACGAGAGAAGUGUAUAGGGAGUGUCUUAAGCUGAUUCCUCACGGGAAAUUCUCUUUUGCUAAAAUAUGGCUUUUAGCUGCUCAGUUUGAGAUUCGGCACCUUAAUCUCAAGGCUGCACGACAAAUUCUAGGAAAUGCAAUUGGCAAAGCUCCUAAAGAUAAGAUAUUCAAGAAGUAUAUCGAGAUAGAGCUGCAGCUUGGAAAUAUAGACCGCUGCAGGAAACUUUAUGAGAGGUAUCUAGAGUGGUCGCCAGAGAAUUGCUAUGCAUGGAGCAAGUACGCAGAGUUGGAGAGAUCUUUGUGUGAGACUGAGCGAGCUAGGGCUAUUUUUGAGCUUGCGAUUGCCCAACCAGCUCUGGAUAUGCCAGAGUUGUUGUGGAAGACAUAUAUUGAUUUUGAAAUAUCAGAGGGUGAGUUUGAAAGGACCAGAGAACUCUAUGAGAGACUUCUGGACAGAACUAAGCACCUGAAGGUGUGGAUAAGCUAUGCCAAGUUUGAGGCAUCUGCUAUGGAGGAUGGUGGGGGUUCGGAUUUGGCAGAAGAAGAUCUCCAUGAACAAAAGAAGCAUUGCAUUCAGCAUGCAAGAAGGGUUUUUGAGAAAGCUAUCAACUAUUUUAGGACUUCUGCACCUGAACUGAAAGAAGAAAGGGCGAUGCUCUUGGAAGAAUGGUUGAAUAUGGAGAGUAGCUUUGGCAAGCUAGGAGAUGUUAGUUUAGUCCAGAGUAAGCUGCCAAAGAAACUGAAAAAGAGAAGGCAGAUAGUAACUGAGGAUGGUCCUGCUGGGUAUGAGGAGUAUAUUGACUAUCUGUUCCCAGAAGAAACUCAGACUACAAAUCUUAAGAUAUUGGAAGCGGCUUAUAAGUGGAAGAAGCAAAAGAUCUCUACUGAUGAAGACUAGCAUGAGAUUUGGGCAAUUCCUCAACAGGCUGAACUUAGUUUGGGACGAUGGUUAUAACCAUUCAUGAUUGAGUUUAACUCAGCUGUGAGUGACUACUGAGAAGACCAAGUUGCUCAGUCUCUCAGCUGGAGUUGGAAACCGUUGUUAGCUCGCGGGAUCUUCUUUACAAAUCUUGGAGUUCGGCGAUGCAAAUAUGCUUUAAACUGAGUUGCCAAGUUAAUCUGCCGCAUGCAUGACGGCUAGCUAAAUCAGCCUCAGUUGCUUGACUGUUUGUUGCAAGUUAUUAUAGAUUCUCUCCAUGCCCCUUUUCUUUUGGGCUGAGCAAUUAGUACUCGAAAAGGGGCCAAAAAAGAAGGAAAAACAGAAAAAAGGAGGUAAAAAUCAUAAUAUAAUUGGAUUGAUGUCGCUAAUAGGAAAACAAUAAAGAAACAAAGCAAAAAUGAGAAUGCUUCCACUUAGUUUAGUAGAGGUGGCCCAUUUAACGAGAUUCAAUCAUGCGCAAGUAAAUUGACGCUGUGAAGAAUUUUAUGAAAUUUCCAAAUUGGGAUGGUGUGCAGAA